UUGGACUUGGCCACUCUCUCUCCACCCCCCACCCGCUCCCCCACCCGUGCCGUCGGCCGGCCGCAUCCUCCCUCGCCGCGCGGCCUCGUGCCCCCGCCCACCCGCCGACGGAUCUCCGGAUCUGGGCCACCUCGGCGCCCGCGGCCCCGACGCCGCCUCCCCGCCCCACCCGCCGCUGCCCCGGAUCCCCGCCCGCCGCCCUCGCAGGCGCCUCCCUCGUCUUCGAGGCUCGCCUCGCCGUCCUCGUCCCCGAGGGAGCCGGCCCUUUGCUCCUCGCCUCGCCGCGGCCGGGCUGCAAGUGCUGUUUCGGAGGGUGUCAGGGAUGUCGUCGUCUUCGUCGACCGUGGUCUAUGAGGGGUGGAUGGUCCGGCAUGGCCGCCGCAAGAUCGGCCGCUCCUUCAUCCACAUGCGCUACUUUGUGCUGGAGACCCGGCUGCUGUCGUAUUUCAAGCGCAAGCCUCAGCACAAGAUGCCCAAGCUCCCCAUCAAGUCCCUCCACAUCGAUGGCAACUGCAGGGUCGAGGACAGGGGCCUCAAGAUGCACCAUGGCCAUAUGCUUUAUGUCUUAAGUGUCUACAACAAAAGGGAGAAGCACCACCGCAUCACGAUGGCGGCAUUCAAUAUCCAGGAGGCUCUAAUCUGGAAGGAGAAAAUUGAGAUGGUCAUCGAUCAGCAACAAGGUGUAGUGUCGCCCGAUGGUAAUACAGCCUUUAGCUCAUCGCAGCAAAAUGCUGGUGUAGAAAAUGGAAGGAAAUCUUCUUCCUCUGAUCGUGACAGUCAGUAUAGUCAUGAAGAGGAAGAAGAGGAGGAGGACAAUCACCGAUCAUUGAUGCGGAGAACAACAAUUGGGAAUGGUCCUCCGGAAUCAUUGCAUGAUUGGACUCGUGGAAAUGAUACGGGAAUAUCUGAUCAGGGAAGCCCUGCCCAAGUUUUCUCUAGAGGACACUGGCGACUUGUCAGAUGCCAGAAUGGUCUCCGCAUUUUUGAGGAGCUCCAAGAUGUUGAUUACCUUGCAAGGAGCUGUAGCAGAGCAAUGAAGGCUGUUGGAGUUGUUGAAGCUUCGUGUGAAGCUAUAUUUCAGCUUGUGAUGAGCAUGGACACCACCCGCUUUGAGUGGGACUGCAGCUUCCAGUAUGGCAGUCUAGUGGAGGAGGUCGACGGCCACACAGCAAUACUGUACCAUAGGCUACAACUGGAUUGGUUUUCAGCAUUUACUUGGCCUCGUGAUCUUUGUUAUGUACGAUAUUGGCGGCGUAAUGACGAUGGAAGUUAUGUUGUGCUAUUUCAAUCCAGAGAGCACCCAAACUGUGGUCCACAACCAGGAUUUGUGAGGGCGCACAUUGAGAGUGGCGGUUUCAACAUUUCUCCACUGAAAUCCCGUAACGGGAGAGUCCGAACACAAGUACAGCAUCUUAUGCAGAUUGAUUUGAAGGGUUGGGGGGUUGGCUACUUACCUUCAUUUCAACAACAUAGCCUCCUUCAUAUGUUGAACAGCGUUGCCGGGCUUAGGGAAUGGUUUUCACAAAGUGAUGAAAGCCAAAUACUUCCUAGGAUUCCUGUUAUGGACAAUAUGGCCCUAUCGGUUUCUUCUAAGAAAGGCAAAAAAACGCAGGAUAGUACUGUGCAAACCAGCCUUCCGGCGGAUGAAAGUAGACAUUCAACGGUUGAGGAGGAAUCUGACGAAGAUGAAGAAUUCCUGUUACCUGAAUCUGAGCUAGAGCCAUCAACUCGUGAGCUCGAUGCAGAUGGUAAACUACUAGGGCUGGAUGAGGAAGAUUCAGGUGAGAUCGAUUUUUCUGGAUUUUCUGGAAAUUUACGCCGGGAUGACCGUGAUAACAGUCGUGAUUGUUGGAGAAUAUCUGAUGGAAAUAACUUCAGAGUGCGAAGCAAGAACUUCAUAUAUGAUAAAAGCAAGGUUCCUGCUGGAAAACCUCUUAUGGAGCUUGUUGCUGUUGACUGGUUUAAAGAUGUGAAACGAAUGGAUCAUGUUGCUAAAAGAAAAGGAUGCGCUGUUCAAGUUGCUGCUGAGAAGGGUCUUUUUUCGUUGGCAAUAAAUCUACAAGUUCCUGGCACAACUAACUAUAGUAUGGUUUUCUACUUUGUAUCAAAGAAACUGAUACCGAACUCCUUGUUGCAACGCUUUGUUGAUGGCGAUGAUGAAUUCCGCAAUAGUAGGUUCAAGCUGAUCCCAUCUGUACCGAAGGGCUCAUGGAUUGUCCGCCAAAGUGUUGGCAGCACACCGUGUCUGCUAGGCAAAGCAGUUGACAUCACCUAUAUCCGUGGUGCAAAUUAUUUGGAAAUAGACGUGGACAUUGGUUCGUCUACGGUGGCAAAUGGAGUCUUGGGGCUUGUGUGUGGCGUGAUCACAACGCUAGUUGUCGACAUGGCUUUUCUUGUCCAGGGCCACACAUACGAGGAGCUCCCGGAACGACUGAUCGGUGCGGUUCGAAUGUCGCACAUAGAACUAUCAUCUGCGGUUGUUCCUGUGCUUGAGGAUUAACCAAAUUACUGCUACUAUCGUCCAUUUGGUCCAAGUGGUGCUUGCAACGUCGGCACUCAUCUCCUCUAUUUCAGUCUUGACAAGACACAGUAGGGUAUACAUAUAUACAGGCAGGGAACCAAGCGUUGGCGCCGUGCCAUGCCAACGACAUACUGAACGCGGAGAAGCAAUUAAUUUUUAUGUGUAUGUAAUUAUGUAUUGCACAUCAUGAUUCGGCGACGUGAUGGCAAUCUCGUAGGUGUUAGCAUUGUGUCGGCAAAGAAAAAGAAGAUACCGAAAUUAGGGCUAGGGGACUGGGCGAGGCCCAGGUGAGGGUCAGUUCAGCGCGAAUAAAAAAGCUAUGUGCUUGCUUUGUUCGAAACAUGUAGGAAAGGGGUUGAGAUGACAGCGCCAAGUUCAAAGUUGAAACCACACAUACCAUUAUUCAUGUACUAAUAUGCAACUUGAGACUGCAAUAUAAGAUCAUGCCACUGAUUUGCAGGA